AUGGUUCGAGAGGAAGUAGUAGGAUCCACUCGAACACUGCAGGGGAGGUGUGUUGAAUCAAGAAUAGAUAGUAAUCGUCUUUAUUAUGGUCGUUUCAUUCUGUGCCCACUUAUGAAAGGUCAAGCCGAUACCAUGGGUAUUGCCAUGCGAAGGGCUUUACUUGGAGAAAUAGAAGGAACAUGUAUCACAUGUGCAAAAUCUGAGAAGGUGCCACAUGAAUAUUCUACGAUAGUAGGUAUUGAAGAAUCGGUACAUGAAAUUUUACUAAAUUUGAAAGAAAUUGUAUUGAGAAGUAAUAUACAUGGAGUUCGAGACGCAUCCAUUUACGUCAAGGGCCCUAAAUACGUAACCGCUCAAGAUAUCAUCUCACCACCUUCCGUGGAAAUAGUUGACACAACACAACAUAUAGCUAAUCUGACGGAACCAAUUGAUUUGUGUAUUGGAUUACAAAUAAGGAGAGAUCGCGGAUAUUGUACAAAACCAACAAUUAACUCUCAAGAUGGAAGUUAUCCUAUAGAUGCUGUAUCUAUGCCUGUUCGAAAUGCGAAUCAUAGUAUUCAUUCUUAUGGGAAUGGGAAGGAAAAAGAAGAGAUACUCUUUCUAGAAAUAUGGACAAAUGGAAGUUUAACUCCUAAGGAAGCACUUUAUGAAGCUUCUCGUAAUUUGAUUGAUUUAUUUAUUCCUUUUCUACAUGGGGAAGAAGAGGACAUUAAUUUUAAAUUAAAAGAAAAUAAAAACAGGUUUAUUCUACCGAUUUUUACUUUUCAAGAUAGAUUAACUAAUCUAAAGAAAAACAAAAAAGAAAUUCCAUUGAAAUGUAUUUUUAUUGACCAAUCAGAAUUACCUUAUCGGACCUAUAAUUGUCUCAAAAGGUCGAAUAUACAUACACUAUUAGAACUUUUGAGCAAGAGUAAAGAAGAUCUUAUGAGAAUUGGGAUAGAAGAUGUGAAAGAGAUAUCAGACACUUUACGAAAGCAUUUCUAAAUUGAUUUACCUAAGAAUAAGUUUUCAUUUUUUUUAAAUCCAUUGUAAUUAUUUAAUCUUUUUUUCUAAUAAAAAUUAAAAAUCGAAAGAAAAAGAAAAAAUGGGUUUUUCUUUUUUGACACAAUUCGUAUUUUCGUGGAAUGAUCAUAAAAAAAUUAAUGUAUCUAAGGA